AUGGAGAAGAUCCUCCUGAAGAGAAAGGUCAAUAUAGCGUAUGUCCAAGAGACUAGGUGGGCAUCGAAGCCGAGAGAUGAGGAUGGGUAUAAGCUAUGGUACUCUGGAAUCCUAAAGGAUAAGAAUGUUUUGGGUAUUUUGGUUGAUAGGGAACUUAGAGAGUCUGUAGUGGAGGUUAGGCGGGUGCAUGAUAGCGCUGACGCGCCGCAAAUGGGCUUGGAUGAGGAGCUUAAAAGGCUCUUCGAGGAGGGGUUGGAUGAGAUUGUGCGUAAUAUUCCUCCUGCUGAGAGGUUAUUUAUAGGAGGAGAUUUCACUGGAAAUAUUGGGUCGACUGCAUGCGGCUAUGGCGAGGUGCAUGGCAGCUUCGAUUUUGGGAAUAAGAACGCAAGAGGUACUUCGCAGUUGGAUUUCACUAAGGCAUAG